CAAUCCAAUCGGCGCGAACAUGCCAAACCUUGACGAACUGCCGUCGCAGAGGUUAACAUUCGCAUUCGCUCCUCAGAGGCAAACACCUGCCGGUGAACGAUCUCGCCGAAGCUAAAAAGUUCCACGAUCGGUUCAAGCUCGAUUGCGACACCCCACUCGGCUGGGGAAGUUUUGGCGUUGUCCAGAAAGUCAAGUUCCACUGCAACAACCGGUCAAUAUGCCUGGCGCGCAAAGAGGUCCGGCCGCCAUACCGCAGGUAUCCCAUGGACAAACUGCGCGAAGAGGCCCAUGUGAUGGAGAAUCUGGAUCACGACCAUAUCGUGAAGCUGGUCGGGACGUACUGCAUUCAGAGCAGUCUCUACUUUCUCUUGUGGCCUGUCGCUGUCUGCAAUCUCGAUAUCCUGCUUAACGACAUAGACUGCCUGAGGACAAAUCAUGGCGAUCGCGAGGACAUCAUCAGCAGGCUGCAUGCGCUGGACCUCAAAGAUCUGAGUGCCAUUGAAGGACCGGCGCCCGCCGUGCGAAACCCUGCCGGUCGGGAUAGCUGCCCGCUCGAGUACCUCCGCCAAGUCAUGGGCUGUAUCACGAGGGCUGUUGCGUACUGCCACGGCUCUAAUGUUCGGCACCUGGAUCUCAAACCUUCCAAUAUUCUUCUGAACCCAGGCCGCGUCUACCUCGCCGACUUUGGCAUUGCAAAAGAUGUCCACGAUCGGGACAACACCAUGACAAUCGGGGUCCAAGGGACGCCAAAAUGGAGGGCCCCAGAGGUGCAACAGCACAAUGCUGACUGGUCCAUGAAGGCAGCUGAUGUCUACUCUCUCGGGUUAAUAUUGCUCAACAUCUUCACCGUCAUCUACAACGCACCUUUGAACGAGUUCGAAGCCAUAUUGGAAGACGUCUCCGCGGACGGCAGAGCCAUGAAACUCGACGAGUAUCUGCCGAAGCUCGAGCGCCUGGUACUGGCUUCGCGGGAAGUGGAUGAUGCUAACGCGGCGACGUUCAGCCCGAAACACAUCAUCGGCCUCGCUGCUCGAAUGGUGUCCCAGGAUCCAUCCUCACGGCCGGUCAUCUUCCAAGUCGAUUCGGAGCUCGUUGAGCUUGGCGGCCUCGACCAGAUCUACCACUCCAAAUGCUGCAAACGGAGCAGUCGGUAUCUGACAGAGCGCAUGAACGCCAAGCUCAUAGCCGUGACAGAGGAGCGAGACCGAUUGCGAGCGGAGCAUGGCCAAAUGGCCAAACGCCUACAGAUCCUUGAAGCUAAGGACGAAACAUAUGAGCACCGCCUGCGGAACGAGCGGAAAGCCCAUGCCGAUAACCUAGUCAAAUUGCAAGCUCAGCUGGACAAGGAGCGGGCGGAGCGGCAGAGACUGGAAACCCUCCUUGCCGAAAUGCAGCAAAGCCGAAAGCAACACCGUCCUGUUCUCCCCCGGCCAUCCGCCGUCCGUCAACCCACCUCCGGCACUUCCGGCACCUCCAGUCCCCAAGCGCAACCAAAACCGCAACUGCCCGCUCAUGCCGUUCCUCAACAGCGACCACAGGCGACCCCGGUGCAGCAACCGCGUCCUGCACCAUCAGUGGGACAGGGUCCCCGGCCGAGCUACUCUCAAUGUGUCAAAGGCGCCGCCACUCCCCAAGCUGCAACGGUGACCGCAAAGCCUAGACGCGACUCGCUCAUCCCAUCGCCUUCUCCAAGCGCCAUUCCCCCCCACAGCUCAAAUCCCGACCAACCAGGUUUCCCGCUCCGGUCCCGUAACUCUGGCUCGCGGCUUCCCCGUGCUAUCAAUCCCACCACGCCCAUCCGCUCCAACACACCCGUCCUCAACGGCGAUCUCUCGUCGACUGACAGCACCCAGUACAGCAUGAGCGACUCCGUCUUCAGCCGUUUGAGCUUGUCCAAGGCCUCGCUCGCCGGGACCAGCGUCGCCGGAACACCCUCAACCCACAGCCCGGCCAUGGUGGACACACAGAAAGCUGCAAACCAGAACGCGUCACCCUCGAGUCCGCGCCACGGAGAACCGGGUCAACAUUCGCCGUUAUCGCCCGAGGAGCCUCCGCACGGUCUGGGGCUGGGCCUUACUGACCUGGAGCGGCGGGAGAGUAUUGCCAGUGCUGGCACGGGAGGAGGCGGAGACGAGAGUGUACGGGAUACGGCGAGCGUGAUCAGUUCUUCGGCGGCGGCCGCUGCUGCCGCUGCUACUCCCUCAUCGCCGCGGGCGCUAAGUUCGGCGCCGAGCGGAUCGGUGCUGUCAUCGCCGAGGACGACGCAUGCUUCCAUGGAGGCUACCGUGCGAGCGGGCGUGAGGGUGCCACGGUUGCCGACGGCUCAGAGCUGGGCUGAGGUUGCUGCCGGGAAACAAAGGUAGGCGUGAGAGUGGGAUGGCCAUGGACAUAUGAAUCGGAAAGAGGAUUAGACGAAAAAAGGAAGAUAUCACCAAGGCGUUUGGCGGACAACAAGGGUUCGCAGGUCGUUCUUCGUUUAUGCAACCGCUGGUCACGCGCGGACGGUCAGGCAGCAGGGCGCAGACGAGCACCGUUUUGGAUAUACAUGAUAAUGGUCUAGAGAAGGAAAAAAAGAAAAGAAAAAAAAAUGAGAAAUGACGUUGGCCAUGACGGGCCAAAAUCUCGAGUCUGGUUCCAGAUAUUUUGCUGGCAGAGCUCCCUAACCGACGUGUAGUAGGCAAGCAAUGCCGUUAUGGUCGUCCUGUCUGUCCUCUUAACUAAUCCAUAACCCGCUUGAG